CUCUGUUGGUGGCAAUAUGGCAAUACCAACAGCACUUACUGGCUGGCGAGAGUAUUGAAUUGGAAAAUAAUUAGCUGCCUUAACGGUCGCGAACGGUGUCGAUAGUCAAUGGCAGUAAAUUUGAAUACAAAAAAUCCUUACGUGGCUUCUUUUUUACAGGCCAGCAAGACAAUACGUAGCUGAUUAUCAAACCAAAACAGCAACCCCCGCCCAACUGCUGCCGCUCCAGCUGUUGUGUAGCAACAAUCUGUGUCUGAUUAACGGUUGUGCUGAAAGUGUGUUGUGGGGAAUGUGAUUGAGGCCAGCGAUGCUGAUGGGGGAGAUAGAUAGAUGGAUUGGAUGAUAAAUAAAAGUGGGGCUUAAAAGAAACGAAGUGAAUGUGCGCGCAUGUGAUUUCUGUUUACAGUUCAGUCUUCAGUCAAAAGAAAAACAAGAAAAAAAUGUUAAAUAAAAAUAAAUAAAAAACCGAAUUGAAAUUUAUCAGCAACUCAUAAUCAAAAAUAAAAUUUAAAUUUUGCCAAGUCAGCUAAAUAUAAAACCCAAAAGCUCUGCGCUGUCAACGACGGCUCUAUUGCUGGUAUUUCCACUGCAUGUUGCCGCGCGCUCAACGCGUAAGCGCAGUUAGUCGUCUGUGCUGCAAUUAAGUAGUUCAAACAAGCAUCUGACUCUUGCGUUAGCAACGUUGUCAAACUUCAGUUGACUACUGCACGGAGUCUAGGUGUUUAGUGUGUUUAUCGCAGUCAUAAACUCGCGCUUAUCGCUGCUGUGGAAAAAGCGUAUAUUUUACUAAAAUUGUUUCCAUUUUUUUGUUUUCUUGGGUGGCAAAUAAAAACAGCAAUCAACUGUUUAUUGUACCAUUAUUUAGAUAAAAUGUUAGUAAGCCAUCUAUUUCACCAGCGCGCGGUCAAUAUGAGCGCUUGACUUGAACACUUCGACAUGUCAAUAAUUCGCCACUGAGUACGCGCAUAGGUUAACAAACACGCACGCGCGCUCUCAAACGGAUUGCUUACUCUACCGAAAAUGCCUACCGAGAAUGCAAUGGAUGAACGCGCUGGUGGUGGCGGCCCUAUAUCUAUGGUACGUCCCACGCGGCUUGAACAAUUUUUGCAAGCGCCCGGCACUGGUGGCGCGCCCGAGCAACGCAGCGCGUCUAGCGGUCGUGUGCCAGGUGGCGCUGCUGCCGCCGCUGCUGCUGCUGCCGCAUAUGAAACACAACUCGCAUAUCAACAUCACUUAGUUGCUGCUGGUCUAAUGGGUCCUGGCGCUGGUGGCGCUGCCAAUGCACAGACUGCGCACUCCGCCUUCGUGCCUGUGCUGCCCUCGCGCAGUGCAAUGCGUGCGCCAGGUGCGGCAGCAGCAUUGUAUGGCGGCAUGCUGGACGCUGAGGUGGCCAAGGAGGCGAGUAAACGUCAUGGUAAUAAUACGAAUUUCGAGAUCAUCUCUAUGAUGGCGGAUAAACGUAAGGAGUUGGCUUUGCGCGAGGCCGCGGCAGCGGCGAUGCUGAUGCAACGACCACCGGGACAAGGGCCGCCAGGCGUGCCGACAGCGGUUAUGUAUCCACCACCGCCGCCAUAUCUGGGCGGUCCGGGUCCAUCACCCACAGGCGCUGGCACAUUCGCCUUUCCCUCGGCCGCAGCGACAGCAGCGCUCUUUCCCGCUGGUUUGCCGCCAACUAUGCACGCCGGCUUGGAUCGUCGCUUGUUGCGCGCGCCGGGACGAGCCUCACGUCCGAAGAAACAAUUCAUUUGUAAAUUCUGUAAUCGUCAAUUUACAAAGUCCUACAAUUUGCUGAUACACGAGCGCACACACACCGAUGAGCGACCGUACUCGUGCGACAUUUGCGGCAAGGCAUUUCGCCGGCAGGAUCAUUUGCGCGAUCACAGGUAUAUUCACUCCAAGGAGAAGCCAUUUAAAUGCACCGAAUGCGGCAAAGGCUUCUGCCAAUCACGUACCCUCGCCGUCCACAAGAUCCUCCAUAUGGAGGAGUCGCCACACAAGUGUCCCGUCUGUAGUCGCAGCUUCAAUCAGCGCUCUAAUUUGAAAACGCACCUGCUCACACACACCGAUCACAAGCCGUACGAGUGUUCUUCCUGUGGCAAAGUCUUCCGACGCAAUUGCGAUCUGCGACGUCAUGCGCUCACGCACGCAGUCGGCGAUGUGCCCUCCGAGUAUGUCGAUGUGGGCGAAGAGGAUGAGGGUCGACAUUUGAGUGGUGAUGAAGAGGAUACACUGUUGGAAGUGGACUCGCCGCGUCAAUCGCCCGUCCAUCGCUUGCAUGCUGGUACACCAACGCAAGAACUUGGCAGCGGUGCAGAUACAGAUGUAGAGAAUACAAGUAGCGAUGCACGUGCAGCUGCACGUAUGCGGCUAAAACGCAAAGCGUGCUAUGAUGCAGCAGAAAUCUCGGAUGAAUCAGAGGAGGAGUUUGAGGAAGAUGAUGAUUUGGAGGAGGCCGAUCUUGAAGAAACGGAACUGGCUGAGGAUGAAGAUGAAGUGGAAACUGUGAAGAGUAUGCCGCGUGAAGGACUACUGGAACCGCGUCCCACCGGUCAAGGUGUGACGCACUGCCAUCACGAAGGCGGCGAAACGUACACCAUGCGUCCUUCACAUGAAAUACGUGGUGAUGUUCAUGAACCGAUCAAUAAUAGCAGCUCACCGCAUACUUUUGGUGGACCACCAGCCGCCGGCUCGGCUUUUAUGCCUUCCUCGCCAAGCGCACGCUACAAUCCAAUGCGCGCACUACCCGGCGCCGGCGAGUCCAUACACUCGCCCUCCACAUCUAAUGGUCCAGAGCCGUACAUACCAAUGUUACAUGUUCGACGAGAUCUUCAUCCGAAAGGGCUACUCCUAACAUCGGCCGACAUACCGCCGGGCGUCAUGAUUGCUGCGCCACCACCCGUGGGUGCACCAACACAACCAGCCCCACCGCCGACUGCGCCUACAAUCACGCUGCCGUCGGCCGUGCUGGCGAACUCUGGCGCUCAGGCAAGUGGCGCGUCACCCUCAGCAUCACAACCACCACCACCACCUUUACCACCGCUCAUUGAACCACCCGGCAAGUGCCUACAACCGCCCUUACACUCGCCACUCGAAUCGAUGCCCAGCUUUCUCGGUUCCAUACCCAUACGCAAACGUAUUGUGGGUCUCGAGCAAAUGGCGGACGCGCAACGCGCUUAUAAUGCCGCAGCUCAGCAAGCUACUAACUCCGGUCUCAUGGCGCUGAACAUGACGCGCUCGCACGGCGUAAUGAAAAUUCAUCCGCCACCAUUACUCACCGGCAAGCCGUAUUUGACAGCAGUAAAUCAAACGUCGCUCUUGUGUGAGCCCAAGUCUUUGAUUAGUGUGCCAUCUGGCAGUGUACCACCACCUGGUAGCAGCUCGCAUGCAGACACCUCAACGCUUAUGAGCAGAGACUCGGUAGUAGUGACCGGUAUAACGGUUGGGUCAGCUGCGCAACUAUCGAAUGGAAGCAAUGAGCGACAUUUCUUGCUGCGCCCAGCCACCAACCCAAUCAAUAUGAAUACUCAGGAGCCGUUAACUGGUGGUGGUGAUCGCACGCGUUCAGCAAUUUCACCAGCGUCAACAACGAUGACUUUGCAGCAACAGCAACAGCAACAGCACCAACAACAUCAGCAGCAACAGCCACCGCAUCCAUCAGCAGCUCCUACACGCCGCACAGGCUUUAGCAUAGAGGAUAUAAUGCGCCGCUGAGUAGGGGUAUGUGUGUAGGGGUAUGUGUGUAUGUGUGUAUACGGCAGCCUUCAUUGUCACAAGUUUCCUAAAUUUAAUAUAUAUUUUUAAGCGUUUAAUUAACCAUUUUCCAUUCUAAUUUAUGGUAAUUUUUAAUUUACAAAAUAUUUUCUUUUUAGAAAUUAAUUUCAAAAUCCUUAAGUGCCUACUCAUGUACUACUUAUAUGUCUGUAUGCAAAGUAUAUGUAUUCAAGUGCUUUAAAGCCAUUCUAUGGAAAUUCACUUAAGUUAUUAUCAAUAUGUAUCUAUUGUAUGAUUAAGAUCCUUCGCUGUGCUAGAUGCGCAUAACGGUAUUUUAAUAUGCUAAUAAUGAAGCUUUUUAUUUCAAACUUUAAAUAUAAUUCUAUUUGCACUUAAGUUAUAUAUGUAAUUUCAAAGGUAUGAUUGUAUGUAGACCUAAGUUGGUAUGUAAGAAAAUGUGCAGAUUUACAUAAAUAUAUAAAUAUAUAUACGUUUUAGCAAUAUAAGAUUUUUUUUAGUUCAUUUUCUAAUUCUACUUGCCGAGCACAUAGUGUCCACAAAGAGUCGAAUAAGCACUUAUAUGCAAGUGUGUAUAGAUAAUUGUGUAAUGAUAAAAAAAUGAGAAAAAAGUUAAAAUUUUUAAUAUAUAUUUAACAAAUACAACAACCAUAAAAAAAUGU